CAAAGAAAGAGUUAUAAUUAUUUCACGUUACUUUAAUUUUGCUCACACAUGUUAUUAACCUGCACAUAAUAUUAUAUUUUUUUUCUUAUAAAAUGACUUAAAAUUUUACUCGCAGAUCUUAUCACGAUGUCCUACAACAAUAUAUUCAAAACUAAAUAUACUACAUCCGAACUAUCUCCAGAACCUGUUUCGCCAUUAGAAGAUCUUAUGGCGUUUCUAAAAUUUUACCUUGGUCCCAAUGAAGCAAAGCCAUUCGAGACCAGGGCCAAUUACCACAUCCUCCACCCGGAUGAGAGCGCUAAGCGUUACAUAGACGAUGUGCUGAUGGCCAUCGACGAUAAGAUGAGACUGGACCGGCAGGAAUUAAAGCCAGCCACCGAGAAGUCAAUUAAAAUUUAUUAUAAGGAUAUGAGGAAAAGUCAAGACUGUAAAAGAGUUGCCAGCUCCAGUCACUCUUGUGGUUCCGAAAGAACUAACGCUGCAGUGCAAUUGAUAGAAGGACUUCAACCGAUAAUACCAGAAGCGAAAAGGACCAACUAUAGGUCUCUUGCCAGUCAUGUCUCGAAUGAAGACUUGGAGGAUUUCCUGAUUGAAUUAGACGAAGACUUGCAAGAUUUAAUGGAUGAAAUGCAGAAAGAGAUAACUCGUCGCUUAAAAGCUAAGUUAGAUGCUUUCUUAACUGACCUAAUAGAGCGGAGUAAACAGCUGAGGAUGGUCAGCAAGAUCAACCAGUUCAUUGAAGUACUAGCAGAGGAAAAUGUCCCUGAAGCAGCAAAGGCAGACAUCUCCAUCAAAGCAGAGCAAAUUACGGAUAAUCUUAAAAGCACCAAGAUGACACAGGAUGCUGUCCAAGAAAUCAUCCAACUGAUCAACCAAGCAACAAGGCUUUCACAAUCUGCCCCAACGGCUCGGAUGAAAAAGGCUGCUAAGGAAUUACAAAAGACUGCAAACUCCGUAUGUGGUACAGGAAGUAGUAAAGAUAGAAAAACAAAAUCAAAAUAAAACUUGUUGAACAGAUGGAAAAUAACAG